CAGCACAUCGCCGCCGCCAUCUGCGGAUGCCGCCAGGGUUGUUUCGCCACCACCUGUUGCGGAGGACGCGGGCCCUACUGCCGCUGCCGCUGCUACAAGAGCAGCGGAGAAGGAGGAAAAGACGGUGACAGCGAAACCGACAGCGGCGGAGGCAGCAGCGAACACUCCUCUUGGUUUACUCAGUCAUCAAGGUGCAGGCGCAGGGAAGCUGUCAGACAUGGACAUUGCACGCGAGGGCAGCGCGCUCCAGGCAGGUCGCAAUACCGAGGACGGUGACCGGCGGGAGGAGCGCGGGAAGAUGGUUGGCGAGGAGCGGUUACGUGAGGAGUCGCGUGAGAAGCACCGCAGCAGCAAAGCUCGCGGCGAGGAGGGCUCCCGGCGGGGCAAGUCGCACGAUGACAACACCAAUACCAACAGCAACAGCCGGGAUGACAAGCAGGCGGACGGCAAAGCACGCGAGGAGAAGUCGCGUACGCGCGAGAAGGAGAAGGAGAAGGAGCGAGGCCGUAAAAAGGAGAAGGAGAAGGAGAAGGAGCGGGAGGAGGAGAAGAAGCGCGACAGGGAGCGGGAGCGGGAAAAGGAGCGUGAGCGGCCGCCGCCUCGGACGUCCUCUGCCGACCGAGGCAGCGAGGAGCAGCUCCACGCCGGCAGCAGCAGGGAACGGGAACCACGAGGCCGCGAGUCGGAGCGGGACCGAGAUCGGGAGCGGGAGCGGGAGUAUGAGCGGGAAGCCAACCCUGUGGCGGCGUCCCAGCGUGACACGCGCGACCCACGUGCACGUGAGCAGCACCGAAGCACCUCGCAGCGGGAUGCCCACUACUCGCAACAGCAACAGCAGCAGCUUCCGCCGCUGCCGCCACAGUCGCGAGAACGGAGCGAGGUGGACCCGCGGGACUGGGACCGUGAGGCCGGCCGAGAUCGGGAACGAAGUCACGACCGGGAGCGGGAGCGGCAGUGGGAACGGGAACGAGAACGGGACUGGGAGCGCGGGGAACGUGGGGACCGCGGAGAUUGGGAGCGGCAGGGUGCGCCGCCUCCGCUGCCGCCACAUCACAUGCAGCAACACCCACCUUCCGGUCGUGACUCCAGGCGAGCAGGCCGCUACAACGGAGACGAGCGAGACGCCCGCGACUGGCCGCCGCAGGCACCCCUGCCGCCGCCGCCAUCGUCGUCGUCGCACGCCCCGCAGCAGCCGUACAAUAACCCGUACGGCCCUUCGCCCGGCGCCGAUCGAGAGCGUGGUGACCGGGGUGACCGUGACCGCGACCGGCAGUAUGAUCGUGAGCGGGAUUGGGAGCGCGGCAGGGAGCGCGAGAGAGAGCGGGAUUGGGAAUGGGACAGAGGCCGAGGUGGUGCUGUUGAGCCCUGGGGAGAGCGUGCGGGUCCUCCGGGGUCGGGUCCUGGCCGGCUGGGUCGUGGCCGGGAGCAGGAGCAGCAGAGGGGCGUGGCGCGAGGGCGUGAGUGGGAGGACGCGCCGCCGCCGCCGCCGUCCAUUCGCGGCGGCGGUGGUGGUGGCGGCGGUGGUGACCGCAGCGGGCGGGAUUUGCGGGGCCCGCCGCCGCCGUCGCUGGUGCCGCCGCCAGGGCCCAGCGGACGUGGGGGUUCGGGGUACGGCUGGUCUCCGACGGCAUCGCCGCCACGGGGCCGGACUAGCUACCUGGGCUCCUCACCGUCGCAGCAGCAGCAGCAGCACUACCCGCACCAUCAGCAGUCCCAGCAGCAGCAGCAGCAGCAUGGGGAGUCGCUGGCGAAUGGGGGUCGGGGAGGCGGGAGGUCUGCUGCGGGAGGCAGGGGCGCUGGGGGCGAUGAUGAUCGAGAUGAGGAUCGUGGUCCCAUGGGCGGAGGCGGCCGUUAUCCUGGCGACGGAGGUAGCGGACGUGGCAGCGGCAGCGGCAGAGGCGGAGGCGACGUGAGAGGUACGGCAGCUCCGUUGUUCCCGCCUUCUUACAGGGAUGACGAGCGACGCUCGCUGGGGGGCAGUCCGUUGCCGCCGCCUCGCCGGCCUCCCUCUCCAAGCUCCCGACAGCAGCAGCAGCAGCAACAUGACCUCUCGGAUGGUGAGGCUCUGGCGCCGCCACCGCUGCCAUCGCAGCAGCCGUCACAGGAGCCGCCGCCGCAGCAGCAGCAGCAUCAACGGGAGCGAGCUCGGGACCGAGAUGCGGAGCGGGAGCAGCGGCGCGAGCAUAAGAAGGAGCGCAAGCGGUCGCGGCACCGGCGUCGUGAGGAGAAGGAGCGGGCACGGGACGAUGGGGAAGUUAGCGGCGGCGAUGGAGGCAGCGAUGAGGAGGAGGGUGGUGGCGGCAGCCGCCGCCACCGUCGCCACAGAAGCAGCCGCGCGUCGCCUAUGCGGGACGAGGAGGGCGCGGAACAGGGCAACGAGGACCGCCGUCCGCAGCAGACGCAGCACCAUCAGGAGGAAGACGGGCAACACCAGCAGCAGGGGUUGCAGCUGCGGCAGCAGCAGCAGCAAAGAUUGCCGCCGUCACCGGCGGCGGCAGACCGCCCGCGGCAGCAGGGGCUGCCGCCGCCGUUGCGGCCUCGGGAAGGCAGUGUGGAGGGUGCACGUGCGGACUCCGAGGGUGCCGCGGAGAGCGGGGAGGUGAAGGAGGAAGGGCAGAAAGACGUUUCGGCUCCGCAACAGGAAUGUGGGAGCCGGCGGCGUCAGGAGGUGCGUCCCGCAGAACGGCAACCUGGCCCUAUCGCAGCCCAGCCAGCUGCCGCCGCGCCGUCACAUGCGCCAACGGCGCCGGUUAAUGAGGCGGCGGCGGCCCCCGCUACGGCGGCCUCUGCUGCCGCCGCAGCUCCGUCGCGUUCCGCAGUACCAGCAUCCCUCGUACCUCCGACAAGGCAGCCUGUGGAGUCGCCCUCGGCAGCACUGGAGGGCUCGGGAGAUGCGGAGGAGGGCGAGGUGGAGCUGCCUCAGCCGCCACCACUGCCUGCUCCUUCUUCUGCCUCAGACCCCCGGGCUGGAGCCGCUCAGCAGUUGAGAUCGUCUAGAUCUCCUGCAAGGGAACAUCAUGAACCAGGGUCCUUCCGGCGCCAAGAAAUGACCCCGACUGCUUCUGCUGCUGCUGCCUCUGCUGCUACAGCCCGAGCAGCCGCCGCAAGAGGCGCACCACCACCACCGCAGUCGUCAUCGUCGUUGUCGACUGGUGGCAACAGCAGCACCCAGCAGCCUUCAGCCAAGCCCCCUAUACAUGCUGGCAUGGGAUCUAGCCCAAGUCCCGGCUCUUCCUCCGGCCUAGCCCAGACCAGCCAACAGCAGCAGCAGCAGCGAAAGCGCAACGCGAUUACCUUCAACCUAGCCCCGCUCGACUCCAGCCGUGAUGGCGGCAUUGGUGGUGGUGGUGGUGGUGGUGCCAACGGCAGCGGUCGGCUGGGUCCUGCGUCUCCACCGCAACGGCCGCAAUUGCCAGCGUCCAGCCCGCAUGCUGGGAGUCGUGCAGCAGGAGGGAGCGGCGGAGCGCAGGGACCCACGGGUCAGGGCAACCAGCGGGGCGCUCCACCGCCGCACCAGCAGCAGCAGCAGUCGCAUGGAGGCUCGGGAGCUGGGUCGUCGCAGGGAGCCACGAAGCCGCCCCGUGCGCCGCUGAGUCUGGGUGCGGCGGCGGUAGGGCAGGGUGGCGGCAGCGGCGCAGGCCACUCCACUCAUGGCAGGCGCCUAUCAGGCGAGGACAAGCACGGUCAGCAGCAGCAUCAGCCUCUGCCUCGUGCUCCCACACACACCAGCCCGCCGCCGCCGCUCCCCAACCCCAGGGGCUUCGGCACGGCGGUGACGGCCGGCAUAGCCAUGGCGCUUUCGGCGGUGGAGGAAGCAGCGGCGUCGGCAGGGGAGGCUGGUGGAAGCAGAGGGGGUUCGGGCGGGGCUGGGAAGCGGCGGCGGGAGGGAGGCGAUGCGGAAGGGGAGGUGCGGCGCGUACAGCGCGGGCAAACCCCGACGUCACCCAACUAGCGAUGGAGGGGGUUGUGUGAAGCGCAACUAGGUAGCCAGCUAGGGGAAGACCGUGUUUGGGAUAGCGUGCUAACCGAAAAGGAUGGACGCGGCGAAAUGUAGCGGUUAGCUGUGUUGGCGUGUUUGCUUGGGAGGACAACUGGUGAGGACAACGUAAUCGAACCCGUGCGUCACGUGAGGUCUGGGGUGCCAGCUUAGCUCUCAAGAUCAGUCGGCUCCGCUUGGAUGAGGGUCCCGUAAGUUCUGUGGUCCUAGGGGGUUUAGAGUUCGGGACAGGAUAUACCGAGGUGUAGGUUAGCUAAGCUAGAAGAAUGCUGAGCAGCGGCAGCGAGAUGGAGGUAGCAGCAGGCCAGGCUAUGCCGUACGCUCCAUGCGAGGCUGAUGACACCCGCUUGAAGGGGACAGAAAAGAGCGCAGAAAGACAGACAGAC